UUAAAUAGUCUGUUUUUAUUCAAGAACAUGUGCUAGAAGUUAAUUUUUGUCAAAAAUAAAAAUUUUUGGGUUCCAAAAUCUUACAAAAUUUAUCGUGUAUAUGUUUCACAAUACAUUAUUGUCCGAUUCAAUGGAGGAAGACUCGUUCAAAUGGAGGGCUAAGAACAGGAUUUCGGCGAUAGAGAAGAUAUUUUCAAUAGCCAAAGGUGACAUGGGGAAAGUGACCUUGGCCGCAAGAUGCGCCUUGCAAGCGUACAGGGAAACCGGAUGUACCGAAGUCAUCUACAUAGCCCUCACCAUCCUUGCCAAGCUUAAAAUACACGACCGGGAGCUCGUAGGAAGCAUCAUGGACGUCCUGUUUUCCAUAAAAGGCAACUUCCUCUGCCUCUUCUCGCACACGGUUUUCAAAGACGACGGUUCAGCGUACGGUCUUCUGGACGACGAGGAGUCCUCCGAGUACUUCUUGACGGUCGUCGGCGAUCGCUGCUACGAAGUCGGAAAUGACAUAAUUCGUUUUAUAGACGUUCCCGUUGGAGGACUGACCCUAGCCGCCAUUUCAGCUUAUAUGGGAUCCACCUCCGCCGUUCAUCUCUUUCUCCGACAUGGAGCGGAUCCUCAGAAGAUACUUCGCGUGAUCAAGUUUCCCCCGCUUCCGGGUCGGAUGGCGAUCGCGCGGUUGGUAGCCCGUUCCACCCCAUACCCGGGUAAAGAACUUCGAAGCCUAUUGGACCUUCCCAACCCUCCAACCCUUAAACAUCUGUGUAAAUUUGUUAUAAGAUAUCGGUUGAUGUUAAACAACUUUCUUCCAAUAGGGAUUGGUUCCUUGCCGUUAUUCCGCCAGUUGCAAAGGUACAUUGAUUUGCUGGAAGACUGAAAUUACAUUUUUGCUUUUUUUUACCUAAAUAUAUUUUUUGGAGUUUAACAUUUGUUUUUGCCUGUUUGUGAGCGAGCGGAAUUGCGAUAACUAAUAUACCGAUAUAACCAAUAUUGGUUCAACAAAUCAUCUGCUUCUCUCUACCCCUUGGCUUUCGUUCAAGACGUUUUGUAAGGCAUUCCAAUAAAUUCAACUUACCAUAAGCUAAAAAAAAAGGUUGGCUUAUCAUAAUAUUUAAAUUUUAUUUCUUCAUCAUUC